AUGUCGAAGCAGGCAGCACCAUGGAUCGGGGCUGAGGCGUCGUCGUCUUUAUCGUCAUUGCCUCGCAAUCCGAUGCUAGCAGCAUUAAAAUCGAAGAGUCCAUUAAGUUCUAGUCUGGGAUCGCGCAAAAUAAAAAGCGAGUCCAACAUCCUGAACAAAAUAGAGGACUUCCAAAGCUCUCUCCGUACAGGCUUGGUCCCCGAAUACGACACUGUGGAAACCAAGCUCAGUGAUUCUAUGGACGACGUUUCAGAACGAAUUGCACAAUUAAAUGAGCUCCGGAAAGAAAAGCAUGAGCUGGCAACGUUGUUUUUUGGUAAAGUCGAUAGCACCAAGAUAGAGAUUGGAGCGCAGUUGGAGAAAGUACGUCAAUGGCAGCUAGAUGAGCAAGGAAUGAACGAAUUGGAGAAAGGUUGGCUCGCCUCACUCAAGAAACAGAAGUCUUUGAAGCAGCAAAUUGUGAGAGUGAGCAUCGGCUCAGAACUAUGGCAUGGACGGUUAUUUCCUGUUUCCUGA